AUGCGCUCUAAGCGCGCUCAGUACAUCGAGUUCUCCAAGCCCUUCAAGUACCAGGGCCUCACCAUUCUAGUCAAGAAGGAAAUCCCUCGCAGCACGCUGGACUCCUUCAUGCAGCCUUUCCAGAGCACCUUGUGGCUCCUUGUCGGCCUGUCGGUCCACGUGGUGGCAGUGAUGCUCUACCUAUUAGACCGAUUCAGCCCUUUUGGAAGGUUCAAAGUCAACAGCGAAGAAGAAGAAGAAGACGCCCUCACCUUGUCGUCGGCCAUGUGGUUCUCCUGGGGAGUCCUUCUCAAUUCCGGGAUUGGUGAAGGAGCCCGGAGGAGUUUUUCGGCCAGGAUCCUGGGAAUGGUGUGGGCGGGCUUCGCCAUGAUCAUCGUGGCGUCGUACACGGCCAAUCUGGCCGCCUUCCUGGUGCUGGACCGGCCUGAGGAGCGCAUCACUGGCAUCAACGACCCCAGGCUGCGGAACCCGUCGGACAAGUUCAUCUACGCGACGGUGAAACAGAGUUCUGUGGACAUUUACUUCCGGCGCCAAGUGGAGCUGAGCACCAUGUACCGGCACUUGGAGAAGCACAACUACGAGAGCGCCGCCGAGGCCAUCCAGGCUGUUCGAGACAACAAGCUGCACGCCUUCAUCUGGGAUAGCGCCGUGCUGGAGUUCGAGGCCUCACAGAAGUGCGACCUGGUGACCACCGGAGAGCUUUUCUUCCGCUCGGGCUUCGGCAUCGGGAUGAGGAAGGAUAGCCCCUGGAAGCAGAACGUGUUGCUCGCCAUCCUUAGUUCUCACGAGAACGGCUUCAUGGAGGACCUGGACAAGACGUGGGUUCGCUACCAGGAGUGCGACUCCAGGAGCAACGCGCCCGCCACGCUCACCUUUGAAAAUAUGGCAGGCGUAUUCAUGCUGGUGGCGGGGGGCAUCGUGGCAGGCAUCUUUCUCAUCUUCAUCGAGAUCGCCUACAAGCGCCACAAGGACGCCCGUCGCAAGCAGAUGCAGUUGGCGUUUGCCGCCGUCAACGUCUGGAGGAAGAACCUGCAGCCGUACCCGACCGACAUCACUGGACAGAUCAACCUGUCGGAUCCGUCCGUCAGCACCGUGGUCUGAAAAACCCAAACCCGCAUAUGUACACGGCACGCGCGAGCACUGGCCCCAGAGAUGAUUUGAUUUUUGCUGUCAGAAGCUUUCCUGGUCAUUUAUCGGGCGGGUGGGCGGGUCCACAAGCGCUUUCUCUUCACCAUAAAACGCGCGCGAGUUUGUAGGCACGCUGGCUGGGAAA